CGCUGUGCUGCCAGGGGGCGGCCGUAUGGCGGCUGCGGCGCUGCGCCUGUGCCGCGCUGCGCGCCUGCUGCCGGCUGCUGCCGCCGCGACCCAAAACACGGCCCCAGCGCCGCGGCCGCCUCCGCGCCUCGCCUCCUCCUCCUCCUCUUCCUCCUCCGCCUCCUCUGCUUCCCGGCCCUCUCCGCCGCAGCCCGCCAUGCCGGCCUUCCAGUACCCCGAGGUGUACCGCGACGAGACCGCCGUGUCGGAUUACCAUGGAUGCAAAAUCAGCGAUCCGUACUGCUGGCUUGAAGAUCCCGAUAGCGAGGAGACGAAGGCAUUUGUGGAGGCUCAGAACAAGCUCACAGUACCCUUUCUCGAGCAGUGUCCUGUUAGAGCACUGUUCAAGGAACGAAUGACUGAACUCUAUGAUUAUCCUAAGUACAGCUGCCACUUCAAGAAAGGAAAAAGGUAUUUUCACUUCUACAAUACCGGGCUCCAGAAUCAGCGAGUUUUAUAUGUACAAGAUUCCUUGGAUGCUGAUGCCAAAGUUUUUCUUGAUCCAAAUAAGCUUUCUGAUGAUGGCACUGUGGCCUUACGAGGUUAUGCAUUCAGUGAAGACGGUGAAUACUUUGCAUAUGGCCUGAGUUCUAGUGGCUCUGAUUGGAUUACUAUCAAGUUUAUGAAAGUAGAAGGUCCUGAGGAUCUCCCAGAUACACUGGAGAGAGUUAAAUUCAGUUGCAUGGCAUGGACCCAUGAUGGAAGAGGCAUGUUCUAUAACUGCUACCCGAAACAAGAUGGGAAAAGUGAUGGCACUGAGACCUCCACUAAUCUGCAUCAAAAGCUGUAUUAUCACGUAUUAGGAACUAACCAGUCAGAAGAUAUCCUAUGUGCUGAAUUUCCUGAUGAUCCAAAAUGGAUGGGGGGAGCUGAGGUGUCGGAUGAUGGUCGAUAUGUCUUGCUGUCUAUCAGAGAAGGCUGUGAUCCAGUGAACAGACUGUGGUACUGUGAUCUACAGAAGGAGUCUCAGGGUAUAUCAGGAAUUCUUCAAUGGGUGAAGCUGAUAGAUAACUUUGAGGCUGAGUACGAAUAUGUCACCAAUGAAGGAACAGUGUUCACUUUCAAGACAAACCGCCAUUCUCCAAAUUACCGGCUAAUCAACAUUGACUUCAGUGAUCCAGAGGAAUCCAAAUGGAAAGUUCUCGUCCCUGAACAUGAAAAAGAUGUUCUAGAAUGGGUUGCUUGUGUGAGGUCCAAUUUCCUGGUUUUAUGCUACCUGCAUGAUGUGAAGAAUAUCCUGCAGCUUCAUGACCUAGCCACUGGUGCACAUCUCAAGACUUUUCCCCUAGAAGUUGGUAGUAUUGUGGGAUAUAGUGGCCAAAAGAAGGACACUGAAAUAUUCUACCAGUUUACUUCCUUUUUAUCUCCAGGUAUUAUAUAUCACUGUGAUCUGACCAAAGAGGAACUGGAGCCAAGAGUUUUCCGAGAAGUGACUGUUAAAGGAUUUGAUCCUUCUGUUUACCAGACAAUUCAGGUUUUCUACCCUAGCAAAGAUGGCACUAAGAUCCCAAUGUUUAUUAUUCACAAGAAAGGAAUUAAAUUAGAUGGUUCUCACCCUGCCUUCUUGUAUGGAUAUGGAGGCUUCAACAUAUCAAUUACACCGAGCUACAGCGUGUCAAGACUUAUUUUUGUGCGACACCUGGGAGGUGUUCUAGCAGUGGCAAACAUCAGGGGCGGGGGAGAAUAUGGAGAGACAUGGCACAAAGGUGGUAUCUUGGCCAACAAACAAAAUUGCUUUGAUGACUUUCAGUGUGCUGCCAAAUACCUCAUCAAGGAAGGCUACACAUCCCCAAAGAAGCUGACUAUUAAUGGAGGCUCAAAUGGAGGCCUCUUAGUUGCUGCCUGUGCUAACCAGCGCCCUGACCUGUUUGGUUGUGCUAUUGCCCAAGUGGGAGUGAUGGACAUGCUCAAGUUCCACAAGUACACCAUCGGCCACGCUUGGACCACUGACUAUGGUUGCUCCGACUGUAAGGAGCAGUUCGAAUGGCUGCGCAAGUACUCUCCACUUCACAAUGUCAAACUACCAGAAGAAGAUGGCAUCCAGUAUCCCUCCACGCUACUGCUGACAGCAGACCACGAUGACCGUGUGGUCCCUCUGCAUUCUCUGAAGUUCAUCGCUACCCUGCAGUACAUUGUGGGCCGAAGCAGUAAACAAACCAAUCCACUUCUCAUCCAUGUUGACACCAAGGCUGGGCAUGGAGCAGGAAAGCCAACUGCUAAAGUUAUAGAAGAAGUGUCAGAUAUGUUCGCUUUUGUAGCACGAUGUCUAAAUCUUGAGUGGAUUGAAUAGGAAAAAUGCUUAUUACUGUCUCCUUUAGAAAACAAGGGCUUUAACAUUUAAAAACAGCCACGCUACUACUUGGUGUAGUACUUACAUUUAAGAACUACAGUUUAAUAUUUUAUUGAUCCAACCUGCUAUGGAGUUUUGAUCUUCUGUGCUUCCCUCUUUUUGGCAUUUCUUUGAUUUUUUUUUCUACUGCAUUCCAAACUCCAUUUUGAAAAGCAUGUUCAAGAAAAUAGCUGAGCUACACUCAGUACUGUUGUGAAAAUUUAGAUUUCAAAACUAGUGCUAUUUGAGCUUAUUUCCUGUAAACAAUUUUAAUGUAUUUCACCUAUAAACAUAUCCAGAUCAUUUGUAAUUAAUUGUAAGUACUGUUCACAUACAAGAUCUCUGAGCAUAUUUUAUUUACACAGUGAUUUAUUUAAGAAUGUAAAUUGAAGGUGUUCAGUGAUAACCAUGAAAAACUGAAGAGACAGUAAUCCAGUUACAUCAAAUAUUAUUAAAAAUCUUAUAUUUCAUUCUGUUCAUAAAUGUGUUACAGUCUAUAAUAAUGAUUUUGCUAUAUUGUUCUCUCUUUCCAAAGAGACUGCAAAAUGUCAUCAGUUUUCUCUUCUGCCAUUUAUUUCCACACAGAAAACUGGAGGAUGAAAAACUUGAUGAAAUCUUAGAUUCUCACUGUAAUCUCAGUUAAGCUAUAAGAUACUCUCCAACAACCCAUGUAAAAUUAUUUCUUUGACUGUUUCUGAAGAGUAGACCAGGCACUGAUUUAAAUAAAUGAACAAAAUAUAAACUAACCAAAACAAAAUUAAAAAACCCACCCCAAUCCAAAGCCACAGCUUUGUCCAGCUUAUUCAGAUUGUUUUUUUCUGAUGCUUCUCACAGGACAUUCUCUAACAAGGCCAAAUCUGAACAUGCAUAUAUAACCUAGUUUUGGCUGCAAAACAGCAAGAGCUCAUAGUCAGACUCCCCUAUGAUUUGACACAGGCACAUUACUUGAACUGCCAUUUUUCCCAUCUAGGCUGUAGAGCUAUAAAGUGGAUGUGAGUGUUUGCCUACUGUUUAAUCUCUGACGCACUGCAGGAAUUCCAGUUUGGUUUUGCAGAGAAAAAAAAGUAUUCUAUCAACUAUUAUUAUCAAAUAUUGUUAUAUAUUAGUCUUGUUGCCCCUCCACAAAACAUUAGUCUUUCUCAUUUUUGGAUGAACUCUUCCAGAAUUAUGCUUGUCAUUACAUUCAUACUUAGACCCUAAGGACAGUAUUUUUACUCUGGGCUCAGGAGUUUUGUCUCUAAACAAAGGUCUUGGUGCAGGAAGAGGAAGGAGUGGUAUUUAAGAGAGGGGGAUGCUCUUAACAGCAGCAAAAGUAAAAAUGAAUUUGUACCAGAGUCUCUCUUGUCUUCCCCUCAUGAUCUGGACUUCUUUUGAUUCUCUCUGGAGUCUAGGAAAGAACACCCACUCCAGGCCCUUAUUAUGUAUGGCUAAUUUGAUUUUAGGAGAAAAUAAAAUAUUAUUUCUGCUUUCAUAUGAAAUACCACACCUAAAACCUGUAUGUGAUCUGGGGUUUAUUUGGGAUCCAUGCACAUUAGAGUUGUUUACAAGAUACGUGUAAACUUCUGUACUCUGAUCACAGCAUUGAAUUAAACAAUCAGAAUAGAGAGUUGAGGCAGGGUUGAUUUUUUUUUUUCCUUCCAGGCUGUGAAAACAGGGUACAGAUUCAGCACCCCCUUCUCCCAGAGGUAUAUGAACUGCUUUUUUUUGAUCAUCUAGAACUUUUCAACAGCUUUCCCACGUGGCAGAAACAAAGCACAUAAAGCUGUGCCAUCUUCAUUUGAAAUAUUCGUAGUUGUGACAUGUAGCCUUCUAUUGAAUUUAGAGUUUCUGUCCAGAGGGCAGUACCCAGUUCACCUCUGAUACAGAGCUUUGCAGGAUAUAGUGUGUGGAAACAUGGUCCUCAGACAUUCAAGAAAUAGAGCUGAACUGUGUCAGUGCAUUGAAUUGCAAAUGCCUGAGUACAGCCAGCUCAGUCAUCUCUAGGUCUGUUCCUAGAAAUGCUUUUCCUUGUUCUCCAGUUGCUCAAGCACAAAACUUCUAGCACAGGUUAAAAUAACUCCUUUUCCUUCUGAAGCUUUCUGUUGAAGCUGAGUUGCCUGAAUGACUCAGUGUCAUGACAGAUGACCCAUAAUCUGGGGACUUUGGAAGCAAACAUUUCUCUGAGAGGCAGUCAGUAGUACUGAAAGUGGAACUACUUGCUGGAGAUGCUACUCACAAAGUAAAUGUUCCAGACUAUGUCUUGUGGAAUGCUGGGGUCAGUAUUGGGAAGGCAUUGUGUUCCUGUAACAGGGUCAUCAUGUCAACAUUUGUUUGAUCUUAAUUAGCUGUGCCAAGUUCAGGAUUCAGGUGCCAAAAAAAUGAUGUUGCAAAGCUGUUCUGUUAUCUGAGUUGAUGCUUUUGAGACAGGGUCAUACUCCAGCUGGAAUCUGUAAUUAAGUCUGAGUGAGUAAUGCUCUUGUAAUAUAGUGGGAUUUAAACCUGGAGCCAAACCAUUCCUGCUGUAUAAAACAUAAUGAAAUUUCUGUUAGUCUAGUUUCAAGGUUAUUUUCUCGAUAGUGGAAACACUAUUUUAUAAAGAUACUCUUGUAUCUUGUGUUAUGGUGUCUAUUUCCAGUAUGUAGAGCAAAAUUCACAAGCUGGGCAAGGUAACCUCCCAAAUAUCUGCUUUUUCAAAACCACCUUAGAAAAAUAAAUACUGAUGUUUUGCACCAAGAUCCAAACCCCCCAAAAAGCUCUGUAAGAGGCUUACGUUGCAUGAAGAAAAAUCUGGGUUUAUGUGGA